AUGAGCUCUGGCGAGAGGCUGCCCCCGCCCCCGCCCCCGGGCUUCGGCGCCGCCGUGGCCGGCAGGCGACCGCCCCGGUCAGAUUUCGGAGGUUUGCUCUCCUCGACCCCCCUCCAGUUUCUUGCUUCCGGCGUGCCGGUGCCGGCCGGCGGUCGCGUUUAUCGCACCAGUUGCCGCGGCAGAAAUAAAAAUGCGUCACCCGCUAAUGGUCCAUAUAAGAGAGUUCAUGCUGAUGCAACCGAAGUUGCAUCACCAGGUGUUAAUGCAAGUACCACUGAACAAAACCUGCGUCCCUGUAAAAAAAGCAAGGUUUUGGGGAAACAUGGCAAGUUGGACGACAAUGAAGAUGCUACUGAAUUGAAGAGACCGCCAACACCAAUCAAUGUAUUUGAAGAUGAAUGUGUUUUCUGCCAUUCUUUUAGAACUUGUGAGAAGUUUCAUGGUCCAAUGGUCAUGUAUCGAAAGGGAAGGAUUGUGUCCAGCAACGAGGGCAACCCAAACAAUGUCAUCUAUGUCCAUCAAAAAUGCAUGGACUGCCAAUGUUUAGAUAAACAAGGAAUGAAUGUCGUUCAUAGCAGGGAAGAUCAGCAAGUAGAUCAACCAAACACUUCGAUUCUUUCUUUGCCUCAGGGACAAUGUUCAGACAAAGGACUUUGUGCCGAUUACCGGAGAGAAGAAAAACAAACAACCCGGUGUAGAACCCCUGUGAACCAAUGGGUCUUGCUCGGUUCAGUAUUAAGUGCAUCAGAGAAGGAUUCCCUCAAGGAAUUUGCUUCCUUGACCAGUUCAAACUUGGCUGAGAAAUGGGACAAAAAUGUGACUCAUGUUAUUGUCGGCACAGGUGCUAGUAACUCAUGUGGCGAAUCAUAUCAAGUCUUGAUGGCAAUCUUGUCUGGGAAAUGGGUUCUCAGAGCUGGAUGGAUUGUGGAUUGCUUGGCGGAGCCGAUUCCAGGUCCAAAAAAUUGCUGGGCAGAGCCGAUUAUAGUUCCGGAAAUUUCUUACGAGGUGGAAUUUUACUAUGCUUCACACAUAUCGAUUGAUGGACCAAAGAAAGGACGAGCUGGAGCAGCUAAAGGGGCACCGAAACUGUUCUCUGGACUGCAUUUCUGCCUCAGCACGUACAUGAACCCAGAAAUUAGAGAAAACAUAAAAAGUCUCAUAGCAGCCGCUGAAGGACAGGUCCUGGAGGCAAUGAGCCCGCGUUCAUUACAGGAGAAUCUGGAAAAAGAUCCCGCAAAGGUAUACUUCAUCUACGUUGGUGGCCCUGCUUCGACUACAUUUGUUGGCAAUAAGAAAGAGGCAAAUGAGUACAUGGCCUCCGGAGCGCAGGCUAUCUGCCACCUUUGGCUGUUUGACGCUAUCGCGGCUUAUGAUGUUCGGAUGCUGGAUCGCAGUGAUGGCUUCACCCCAGAUGUGUAUGCGAAUACUGCUUGUUAG